AUGCGUCUGUUGUUGUGGGUGCUGCUCGCGACUUUGGUCACCUUGCUCUCCUCUGCUGAUGCCUUGAGUAUCACCAAUUCCGACAAGAAGCAAGUGUCUGUGCUCGACUCUGGCAAGGAUGCGACGUCACGUAUGCUCACUGCGGACUACGAGCUCACCAACGUCAAGCGGUCUCUGAGAGGCGAGAGCGAGAAGACCAAACAGGAUGAAGAGCGCAUGGGAAAUUUUUUGGUCAAGAUCAAGGGAUCGAUCCAGAAACUGAAGGAUGCAUACCGCGCUCAUAUUGAGAAGCAGUUCGUGAAAUUGGAUCUCAUAGACAAGAAAACUCCGGACGACCUUUACAAAGAGUACAGAAGGGCACCGUGGGGAGUGAGCAAGUUGAAGAAGAAGGCCUACAAGGGGUACGCGGCGUACUACAAGCGUGAGCAUCCAAAUUGGGUCUCGUCGAUCCCAAAAAAGUGA